CCGGCCGCGGGAGGCCUGAUGGCGAGCGGCGGAGCCGAGCUGCGAGAGCUCUACGGCUGGCUGGACGCCGUGCCCCUGUCCCGGCCGCGCAGGAACAUCGCCCGGGACUUCAGCGACGGGGUGCUGGCGGCAGAAGUGGUGAAGUUCUUCUUCCCCACCAUGGUGCAGCUGCACAGUUACGUGCCCAGCAGCUCCACGCCGCAGAAACUGGCCAACUGGGGACACCUCAACAGGAAAGUGCUGAGUAAGCUGAACUUCUGUGUGCCGGAGGAUGUGGUCCGGCAGGUGGUGCAGAGCCGGCCGGGCACGGCCGAGCAGGUGCUCCUCCUGCUGCGGCAGAAGAUUGAGGAGAAGCAGAAGCAGAGCAAGGUGCUGUCCAUCCCAGGCCAGGCCAACAGGGAUUCAGGUGGACAGGCAGUGCCAGAAGAGGUCAGUUACCUGGAGACAGGCCACUGCAAGGUGAAGGGUGGCACAGGAGGAGGCUGUGCCCAGGAGGCUCCCAGGGCUGCAGGGGUGUCCCCAGGGGACACUGAUGUCCACUUGCAGCUGGCAGAGAGGGAGCAGGCCCUGCGUCUGGCACAGGAGACCAUCCAGAUCCUACAGCUGAAGGUGGCGAGGUUGGAGCAGCUGCUGCAGCUCAAGAACGUGCGGAUCGAUGACCUCAGCCGGCGGCUCCAACAAGCUCAGUGCCACCAGCAGUGAGCAGACCCCCCCUCACUGCCAGCCCCACCUCUCCCACCCAUGGCACCUCCUGCUGAGCUGGAAGGAGCCAUCCCAGCGCCUCUGCCUUGCCCCAGUUCACAGGAUGGACGCUCAAGAGCAAAAGCCAGAGGGGGCAAAGGCAGCAGCGGGGACGCUGUGCCCACCUCAGGGACCACUGUU